AUGAAAAUAAAUUUACCCGAGACUAAGGAAGGCAAUUCUGAAACAAAGAAUUCCAAAAAGCGAGGCAUCGAAAAAGUUAUCUCUCCUACUAAGAUUGCCAAAACGGAUAUUGAUGGAUCCGAAGUUAUCGAAACAGAUAUCAAAAAUAAGCAUAAAGACGAAUUAUGCGAAAAAGAAACAUUUAAUAAAAUAGAAGAAACACCAAGUGAAUGCAUUUCAAAUGACAUUUAUGUUGAGGAUGAUGUAAUCAAGGAAGGGAAUGUAGAGGAAGAUGUAAUAAAAGGAGGGAAUAUAGAGGAAGAUGUAAUAAAAGGAGGGAAUGUAGAGGAUGAUGAAAUGCAUGAAAACGUUAAAGUGGGUACACAACAAUGUGCCAUGAAAAAAAAAGGAAAAACAAAAAGCACGAGAAAUAGCUUUGCUGAGGAAACUAGAAAAACGAUUAAAAAGGAGAGGAAAAAAAUAGAAAAAGCUAUUAAAAAAAAUAAAAAUAAAAUCGAAAAAAACAAAAGUGAUGAACUCAGGAAGUUCGUUGUGAAACUGGCAGAGAGCGAGGAAGAAGAGGAAGAACAAGAAGAAGAACAAGAAGAAGAUGAGGAAGAGGAGGAGGUGGAGGAAGAUGAAGAUCAAACAAAUAAAGGAGGAACAAAUGAUGAGAUCGAUGAAGAGGAGAAAGACGAGGAGACGAUCAAAGAUAAUGAAAAAGAGAAGAAAAUCGAAUUAAAUAAUAAUGAAAAGGACAACGAAGAAGAAGAAGAUGAUGAUGAAGAAGAUGAAGACGAAGAAGAAGAAGAGGACGAAGAAGAAGAGGACGAAGAAGAAGAGGACGAAGAAGAAGAGGACAAAGAAGAAGAGGACGAUGAAGGUGAAGACGAAGAAGAAGAGGACAAAGAAGAUGAAGACGAAGAAGGUGAAGACGAAGAAGGUGAAGACGAAGAAGGUGAAGACGAAGAAGGUGAAGACGAAGGAAAAGUGGGGAAAACCGAAGCAGAAACAAAUGAAAAGGAUUCUGAAGAAGAAAAAGAACAGAAGGAAGAGACCAUGGAGAAAUAUGAUGAAGAGGAUAAAACACCUGUAAAGGAUAUUAAGGAUGAAGUUGAUGAAAAUAUGACUGAUGAAGAAGAUAUGAUAGAAAAUGAGACAAAUAAAAGUAGCAUGAACAAAAAUCAGAAGAGCGACAAUGAAAGUGUCUCCAGCGAAUGUAGCGAUAUUAAGAAGAAUGAUCGUUUGUUUGCGUCAAUGAACGAGUACAACUCUCCGAACAAACUGUUUAGUGAGCAUGUUGGGAAAUUAAACAUUUUUGGAAACGUGAAUAUCGACAUAGAGAAGUUGAAGCAGAGACUUAACAAAAAUAAAAGUGCUGUUGAGGAAAAGAAGGAGAUGAAGAUUUCUGAGGUGGAGAACCCGUUUGAGAACGAAGAAGUUUUGUAUUCUGAGAACAGCAUAAAGAUCAGCAAGUUUAUUAAGAAGAACGAAAAAUAUGACUGGUCAGGUUAUUUACCAGUAAAAAUACAGAUAAUGAAAAACACAGAGAAUAAAAAGUUUAGAAUUUUAUGUUUUCAAAAAGGUAGCGGGAGGUUAUUUCUAAACACGGACAUCUUUGAUGGGUUCAAAAUUAUUCCAUCGAAAAGUACAUCUGCCUUGUUUAGUGGAAGAGACAUAUGUGAUGAGAAGAAGCUGAACCAGUACAUAGUCACCUUCAUGAGUAAUACCUCUAGAGAUGAAUUUGUUCAGCAGAUAAAAAACAUUACGAACAAGUAA